AUGCUCUCAGUAUUGGGUAAAUCACCAUUGGCAACACGCCAAGCAGUGCUCAUCGUCUCCACCCAAAACCUGAGUUCCGCCCCCGUAACAACUGCGGAAAAUGCGCAUCCGGCGGCGCGCGUCAGCUCACAAUCCGCGCAAUUUCGCAAAGGAGCGGGAGGGCGUGCGAGUUUCUCGGGAAAUGUUGUGACGGUUUUUGGAGCGUCCGGGUUUUUGGGAUUGCCCGUGGUGAAUCGAUUGGCCAAAAAUGGAUCGCAAAUUAUUCUUCCAUAUAGGUACGGGGGUUUUGGGGGACGAAAUUGACCUAGAAAUGAUGAUUUUUGGGGGGAAAUGUGAAUUUUGGGUCACGCAGUGUAUUUUUUUAAAUUUUGACGCUAAAAACAUUUAUUUCUUGCUCUUGAAGCGAAAAUAAUGAAUUUCUAGGCCAAAAAUCGUAAUUUUCAUCAAUUUUCGCCGAAAAUCGUUGAAAAUUGCACAUUUUUUGUCAAAUUUUGACCUAAAAUUCAAAUUUUCCCGCCAAAAAUCAAUUUCCAAUUUUCCAGACAAGACCCAUAUUAUAUGCGCGAGCCAAAAGUGCUUGGAGAACUCGGACAAGUGUUGUUCUUCCCAUUCGAGUUGAACGAUGAGGAAAGUAUUCGAAAAGUGGUCAAAUAUUCGAAUGUUGUUGUCAAUUUGAUUGGAACACGUGUGCCAACCAAGUAAGCCAUCAAAACUAGACUCUAGUUUCGUUUUGACCGUUGAAAAUAUCGAAUUUUGGGUCGAAAUCAAGCAAUUUUGAUGAAAUUUUCAAAUUCGGAAGAGCAAACGUGCUCUAAUGAGAAAAUUUUGAAUUUUGCUUCAAAACGUUGAUUUCUAGUUAAAAUUCAUUAUUUUUCAUGAAUUUUGGCUUAAAAUGUAUCAUUUUCUAUCAAAAACCAAGGAUUUUGAACGAAAUUCAAAAAUAUAUUCAAAAUCGGAAGAGCAAACGUGCUCUAAUGAGAAAAUACUGAAUUUUGCUUCAAAACGUUGAUUUCUGGUCAAAAUUCAUUAUUUUCAAGCAGAAACCAAAGGUUUUGAGCGAAAUUCAAUGAAAAUUUUCAAAUUCGGAAGAGCAAACGCGCUCUAAUGAGAAAAACGCUAUUUUAGGUGAAAAUUCAUCAAUUUUCAUGAAUUUUACCUUGAAAAUGCUGAUUUUUCAGCCAAAAAUUCAAAUUUUUCCAGAAACUAUGGCUACUACGAUGUUCACGAAACCGGCGCUCGUCGUCUCGCAAAAAUCUGCAAAGAAAUGGGCGUCGAAAAAUUCGUGCAUUUAUCCGCUCUCGGCGCCACAGUCGAUCCACCAAAAGGCCAUUUUGUGGCGAAAUCCGAAUUUUUGCGCUCAAAAGGUUUGGGCGAAAUUGCGGUUCGCGAAGAGUUCCCCGAAGCCACAAUUAUUCGACCAUCUGUGAUUUAUGGCGAAUUGGAUGGAUUUAUUCAAUAUUAUGUGUCGCGUUGGCGAAAAACACCAUUGGAUCAUGUUUAUUUGUAUAAGAAGGGUGAACACACUUAUAAAAUGCCGAUUUGGGUGAGAUUUUGCGAUUUUUUGGGGUAAAAAUCAUGAAAAAUGGCCAAUUUUGACCUAAAAACAUGUUUUUUGAAAAAAAAAUCAUGAAAAAUGGCCAAUUUUGACUUGUUUUUUCAGAAUUCGGAUGAGCAAACGUGCUCUAUUGAGAAAUUGCGUUGAAAUCCCGAUUUUUUGACCCCAAAUUCAGUGAAAAUCGAUAUUUUAUCAUUGGAGCGCAUUUGAUCUUCCGAAUUCAAAAAAAAUUGAAUUUUUGACAAAAACUUGCUGAGAAAUUGUUUUUCUUGAAACUAGAGUCUAGUUUGAUCUGGAAAAACUCAAAUAUCCAACCAAAUUCAAAACUAGAGUGUAGUUUUGAUCAAAACUGUCAUUUUUGAGUUUUUUUAAUCAAAAAAUUAAAUUUUCUCCCCAAAAAUCAUAACUAGAGUCUAGUUUCUCAGAAAAUAAUCAUGUUUGGUAUCAGAAAAAUCGAUUUUUCAUCAAAAAAUUUAAAUUUCCCGCCAAAAAUCAUAACUAGAGUCUAGUUUGCCUGAAAAUAAUCAUGUUUGGUAUCAAAAAAUGCAGUUUUUCACCAAAAAAUUGAAAAUUUCUCACAGGUUGGUGACGUGGCACACGGAAUCAACAGCGUUGUCAACGAUCCAACAGCCAAAGGACACACCUACGAAUUUGUUGGACCACACUGUUAUCAAUUGUCCGAAUUGAUUGAUUUUAUGUACAAAAAAGCGCAUUGUUUGUCGGAUUUCGGAUUCAAGUGAGUGCUUUUCUGGGUUUUUGGUGGAAAAAUCUGAAAAUUUGGCUGAAAAUGAGCCGGAAAUUAUGGAAUUUGAGCAAAAUUGGGUCUAGACUCGUUUAGGCUCAAAAAAUGCUUCAUUUUUGAACCUAAAAUGAGCCUAGGCUUAUUUUAUACCAAAAAUUGCCUAAUUUUUGAGCCUAAGCUUGUCUUGGGUCAAAAAACCCCAAAUUUUUACCCCAAAGUUACCCUAAGUUUAUUUAGUGUCUAAAGAUCCCUAAUUUUCGGGCCUAGGCUCAUUUGGUGUGGAAUUUUUACCCUGAAAUUACCCUAGGCUUAUUUAGUGUCUAGAAAUCCCCAAUUUUCAGGCCUAGGCUCAUUUGGUAUCAAAAAAUGCCUUAUUUUUGAGCCUAAGCUUGUCUGGUGUCAGAAAUUACACUAUUUUUGACCUUAGCAUGAGCCUAGGCUUGUUUAGUGUCAAAAAAUCCCAAAUUUUCAGGCCUAGGCUCACUUGGUAUCAAAAAUUGCCUAAUUUUCGGGCCUAAGCUUGUCUUGGGUUAAAAAAUCCCAAAUUUUAACCCUAAAAUUACCCUAGGCUUUUUUGGUGUCUAAAAAUCCCCCUAUUUUUUUCUAGCUACAAACGUCACGGUCUACCAGAUCCCUAUUUCAUGGCUCUCACAUUAGCCACCGAAUUCUACGGAAAACUCUUCAAAUGCAAAGUUCCCCUAAAUCGCGAAUGGAUGGAAUUUGUGGAAGUGCAAAACGAUGUUCUGACCGGCGCACGAACUCUGGCCGAUUUAGGUGUUCGAAGAUUGACCGAAUUCGAAUUGGCUGGUGGACAACAAGCAUUUUAUCGAUCAUUUAAUCGAUAUUUCGAAGAACAAUAUGGAGAAUUGCCAGCACCUGCGUUGCCAUUGCGGUUAGUGAGCAUUUUUGAGCGAAAAUUUGGGAAAAUUGGAUUUUUUUGACCUAAAAUUCAAGAAAAAUGGAUUUUUUAACCUAAAAUUCAAGAAAAAUCGAUAUUUUCUCAUUGGAGCGCAUUUGAUCUUCCGAAUUCAAAAAAUUAUUCAAUUUUCAAUGAAAAAUGGUGGAUUUUGACCUAAAAUUCAAGAAAAAUCGAUAUUUUCUCAUUAGAGCGCAUUUGCUUCUCCGAUAUCAAAAAAUUAUUCAAUUUUUAAUGAAAAAUGGUGGAUUUUUACCUAAAAUUCAAGAAAAAUCGAUAUUUUCUCAUUAGAGCGCAUUUGAUCUUACGAAUUUCAAAAAAUUAUUCAAUUUUCGAUGAAAAAUGGUGGAUUUUGCACUAAAAUUCAAGAAAAAUCGAUAUUUUCUCAUUAGAGCGCAUUUGAUCUUACGAAUUUCAAAAAAUUAGCUGAAAAAUCGUAACUAGAGUCUAGUUUUCACCAAAAAAUCAAAAUUUUAGCUGAAAAUCAAUUAUUCUUAUGUUAGAACUAGAGUCUAGUUUCAGUUUCAGCGCUGAAAAUAACCAAUAUCAAAACUAGAUUCUAGUUUUGAUAAAAGCUUAAAUUAAUUUCCCUACAAACUAGACUAUAGUUUCAUUUUAGUCAAAGAUUUUGGCCAGAAUAAUAAAUCUAAAAUUUUAUCAAAACUAGAGUCUAGUUUUGACUUUGAAAAUCAAAAAUUUGGGUUACUGUAGAGUAGUUUUCGGCGCGAAAUUCAAAAAUUCAAAAUAAUUUUUGCAGUUCGCCACCACUCACCAAAAAAGGCUUGGCCACACCAAAAAUCAAAUCAACAACUGGCGGAAAAAGUGUGGCUUUCAAUUAA